AUGCUCGAGCUCUCGUUUGACUGGCUCCGCCCAUCAUCGCCGGCAGUGAGAGGAGGGAACAGUGGUGUCCCGGCUGGGUGUAUUACGACUCGUCGACUUCGGUCCCUGGCCGAGGACGGGGUCACGAUAGACGCCCUGCGAAGGCGACGUAACUACCGUCUGGCCCGGAUACGCUUCAGCUCUCGAGACGACGGCCGAAGACUGGAGUGGCGUCUUUUUACGGGAUCUGUUCAGUUGGGUGUCAUCGGUGGAUGGCGUCCAGCGUUUGGCGCGACCCCUAAGCGACAGAAGCCAACCGCGACGUGUGGAGCCUUGACACCUGAGUACCGUGUAGGGGUAGGCUUCUUCAGCAGCGCUGAGGGGAUUUAA